AUGAAUUCAAAUUCAAAUGAUGUUGAAAAAAAUGUAGAAAUGUGGAAAGUUAGAAAGCUGAUUAAAAGUUUGGAGUCAGCACGAGGAAAUGGGACUUCUAUGAUUUCUCUUAUUAUUCCACCAAAAGAUCAAGUUUCCCGUGUAAAUAAAAUGCUUGGAGAUGAAUAUGGAACAGCAUCAAAUAUUAAGUCACGAGUUAAUCGAUUAUCUGUACUUGGAGCAAUUACAUCUACUCGUGAGAAGCUUAAAUUAUAUAGCAAAGUUCCUCCCAAUGGCCUUGUUAUUUAUUGCGGAGAAAUUAUUACAGAUGAUGGAAAAGAAAAAAAAUUGAGUAUUGAUUUUGAGCCAUUUAAGCCAAUUAAUACAUCACUGUAUCUUUGCGAUAACAAAUUUCAUACGGAAGCUCUCUCAGAAUUGCUUGAAAGUGAUCAGAAAUUUGGGUUUAUUGUUAUGGAUGGUAAUGGGUCACUUUUUGGAACACUUUGUGGAAAUACGCGUGAAGUUCUUCACAAAUUUACUGUUGAUCUUCCAAAAAAGCAUGGUCGUGGCGGACAAUCUGCACUGCGUUUUGCUCGUUUAAGAGAGGAAAAACGGCAUAAUUAUGUAAGGAAGGUUGCGGAAGUAGCAGUGCAGCUUUUUAUUACGAACGACAAAGUUAAUGUAGCAGGAUUGAUAUUGGCGGGAUCAGCAGAUUUUAAAACGGAAUUAAGCAUUUCUGAUAUGUUUGAUUCGCGAUUAACUUCAAAAAUUAUUAAGAUCGUUGAUAUUUCUUAUGGAGGAGAAAAUGGGUUUAAUCAAGCUAUCGAGCUUGUUUCUGAUAUUCUUUCCAAUGUUAAAUUUAUUCAAGAAAAAAGACUUAUUCAAAAAUAUUUUGAUGAAAUAUCACAAGAUACUGGAAAAUAUUGCUAUGGUGUUGAAGAUACGUUGAAAAGCCUUGAAUUAGGUGCCGUCGAAACAGUUAUCGUUUGGGAAAAUUUAGAUGUCAUACGAUGGACUCUUUGCGAUUCUAAAGGAGAUACUGUUAUUGUUCAUUUUACAAAAGAACAAUGUGAGAAAAAUAGAGAGCCUUUUAUAGAUAAAGAAACAGGAAACGAAAUGGAAGUUGUCUCAUCAAUUCCUUUUUUAGAAUGGUUAACAGAAAAAUAUAAGGACUUUGGCGCAAAUCUAGAAUUCAUAACUGAUAAAUCGCAAGAGGGAAAUCAAUUUUGUAAAGGAUUCUUCGGCAUUGGUGGGCUUUUACGAUAUAAACUUGACUUUUCUACAAUUGCUAUGGAUUCUGAUGAUUAUUAUUCUGAUUAAUUUUUUUAUAUGGUCAUAUAAUUCGAUUAAAUUUUCAUCUUUUAAAAAAUUAAUUUCUUUUU